AUGGAGGACAACGAGAUAUUUCGAACCACCAGUGGCAAGAACGGGGUCAAUUUCCGAACCCUAACGUGGCCCAUGGCUGCAAUUCUCUUUCUCAAGGUUCAAUUCUCGACCGGUGUCCUGUCCAUACCCACGGCUAUGUAUACAUUGGGGGCAUUGGGUGGCAGCCUGAGCGUCAUAGGCUGGACCCCAUGGACCGAGUACACCGCGAUCAUCAUGGGGAAUUUCCGAACUCGACAUGGGGGGUGUCACAGUAUCGCCGACAUGGCAGAGAUAGUGGGGGGUCGAUUUCUGAAGGAGACUAUUGGCUUACUGUUCAUCUUCGCCAACGUCCUUUGCGCUGGCUCUGCCAUCAUCGCCAUCUCAACUGCCUUGAAUGCUCUCUCGCAUCACGCGGCGUGUACAGUCUGGUGGGCCCUGAUUGCAGCUGUAUCGAUCGCAUCGUGUGCCUCGGUUCGAAAGCUCGAGAAUCUGACAUUUCUAACAUGGGCUGGGUUCGUAUCAAUUUUCAGCGCGGUCCUAAUCGUCGUCAUUGCUGUUACGAUCCCGGACCGACCAGCAGCAGCGCCUCAAACCGGCCCGUUUGAACUGGGAUUUUACGCAUUCCCCGUUCCAGCGCCCACCUUCGCCGAAGGGCUGGUGGCUACGUGCACCAUCUUCGUAUCCAGCUCAAACACCGGCGCUUUCAUCCCGGUUAUCUCGGAGAUGAAGAAACCCAAGGAGUACAAUAAGGCCAUCUACACGUCAAUGACCAGCCUUACCGUGCUAUACCUUGUUUUCGGUCUCGUCGUGUAUCGCUAUUGCGGCAAGUGGGUUGCAAGCCCGUCUCUAGGCUCCGCCGGACAAACCAUCAAGAUGGUUUCCUACGGGGUUGGCCUCCUCGGCCUCAUCGUAACCGGCUGUCUCUAUACCCAUAUCGGAGCAAAAUACACCUUUGUCCGCAUCCUCCGCAACUCGCGCCAUCUCCAAGACAGCACAGUCACGCACUGGAUUACCUGGCUAAGCUGCACAUUCGGCAUCGCGACCCUGGGCUUCAUCCUCGCCGAGUCGAUCCCCAUCUUCAACUACCUCCUUGCCCUGCUCGGAGCGAUCGUCUUCGGCCCCGUCACGCUGGCCUUCCCGGCUUACCUCUGGCUGUAUGAUCACCGCGGGUAUUGGCGCGAGUCACGGCGCCGGAAAGCGCUGUAUGCCUUCCAUGCGUUCUUCAUCCCGCUCGGGUGUUUUGUCACUGUAGCGGGGACGUAUGCGGUUUGUCUGCAGAUUCGAGAUGCCUAUGCGAGUGGGCAAAUCAGUUCGGCGUUCUCGUGUGCGGAUAACUCCAAUUCGUCUUGA